AUGAACGACCAAUCCUCCUCUUCCGGUCAAGGCGCGAACCGUCCUGGCUCUGGUGGUGCCGGGACCACCGCGCUUCCUGGUCUCGCCGGCACCCAGUCCGAAAAGCAGCUCACCCAGCGCGAGCUCGCCGCUCUCCGGACGAUCAAGCGCAAUGUCGACACGACCAAAUACGGAGGCUGGCUGCUCGGUGCGGCGGGAACAUGGGUGCUGUUGGCGCGCCGCAAGCCGCAGCCCAGAUUGAUAUCGAAGCUCGGAUGGUGCGUGGUAGGCGGCUUGGGCGGAUCGUUCUUGACGAUGCCGGUUGGAAUUCUGAUGAGCAGGAACGUGCUGAAGGAUGUGGAGGAUCCACAGCAUUUGAGGGCGGUACUGACGGGAGCUAUGGAGGAGAGGAGACAGGGGAAGAGACCGCAGGUCGGAGUGGCUCCGCCAAAAGGGUUGAAUGGCGAGACGGAGUUCGAUCAGCAACCGCAGCAACCGCAGCAGCAGCAGGAAUGGGGUGGCGAGAGGGAUGCAUCGAGCUACGGAGCUGGGUUCGAUAACGGGGCGAGUACGGCCGAUGCUUUCAACGCAUACUCGGCAGCUCAGGGGUCGUCGAGCCCACGCGGCAAUGGUGGCAGGACAGCAGCAUCCGAGCCAUCUUCAGGCAGCCCGCCGGAUGGAACAGGAGCAGGCACACGAUGGGCGCAAUUGCGAGGCGAACGCGGCGUCGAGCCCAGCAAGUGGGACAAGAUCCGACAGGACAACGCUCGCACCGCCUACGGCAACCGAACGGCCUCGUCCCAGUCCGGGCAGAACAACUCGCAGGAUCCCUCGACCUUCUCUACCGCCGCCAACCCAGCAGCUCGACCACAGUCCUCGGGUGCGCCCUCGUCGCCACGCGCCCCUCCUCGCAACCGUGACGAGCCAGUGAUGACGCUCUCCGGCGCCGAGGACGAUCCACGCUGGUCCUCGCCCGCCACGUUCUCCCCGCAAUCGAGCGGCUGGGGCAACAACGAGUUCCUCGACGAUCCCGCCGCUAAGUCGGCACGCAACGCCAAACGCGGCUACGGCGUCUUCUCUGUCCUCGAACCACCCCCUUCCAGCACCUACCAGCUCGAAUCCGACGCACCCAUCCAAGUCGUCAAAGGCUCCCUUCUCACCGCGCUCGCCGGUGGCGUGGGCGGUUCGAUCUACGGCGUCCUGCGUGGUCGUCAAGGUGCCGGAACCGUGCUUGGUACUCGAAUGGCCUUUUCAUCCUUCGCCUUUGCCUUUCCGUUCUUUGCGGUGCGGGAGUACGUCAUGUCUCCCGUGUUGAAUCGGACUUCGAGCGGACCGGAUUUGAAGGAGCGCACGAUGCGAUUGAGGACGGUGGCGACGAACAGGCAUUCGGACAAGGUGCUUGCUUCGAGCCUGGCGGGUGCGGUGGUGGGCGCAGGGGCGGCGGUGCUAACGAGAGGAGUGGGGGCGGUGCACAAGGGCGUGGUGACUUUUGGGGUUGCGUGUGCCGGGUUGCAGUUUUUGGGGAACGAAGCGAGGAUUGUGCGGGAUACGAUGAUCAGGCCAGCACCAAGACAGGUGGCAGUGCCGAAUGGGAGCGACGCAGCAGUCGCAGCGUCCCAAGCUGUCGCCCCGAUCGCAGAGGUGAAGAAGGACGAGGGGAAAACAGGCUGGAUGGGAAAGGUCAAGAAUGCUAUGCCGAUCAGGAGCGUCUCGGACGAAGAGUACGAGAGCAAGCUCAAGGAGAGGCUCAGCGGGGUCAAUCAGAGGAUGGCCGAUGUCGAGAUGGAGAUUCGGGAGAUUGAAGGGCUGAUCCAGCAGCAGGAGGCGAAGCAGCCGGAGUGA